CUAUAAGCUACACCGACAUCCUCGCGACCAGCAAAGAGAGACGUUCCCAUUUACAGCAGCAAUACCACUUCCUGUGUCAGUGCACACGCUGUAGCACUGAGGACAAGGACUGUGACAUGCUGGCUGGAGAGAAGACGGCAUGGACGUCCUUAAGAGACGCCAUCCCUCACCUGGAGCAGCUUCAGUCGGAGCAGCGUAUCCUUCACAGCCGAAUCAGGGGCUGGGAGGAGCUGCUGAAAGAGAGCCAGGCUUUUUUGCACAGAUACGCAGAUGUCGUCCCGGACAGGAACAUCUAUGUGCUCAGGCUGCUGGAUCUGGCCAUGGAUGCUUGCAUUAGUCUGGACGACUAUGAGACGGCGCUGGAGUAUGGCAGCAGAGCUCUGGAAUCUUACAAAUUGUACUACAGUGAUCCUCAUCCGUCCAGAGCGGUGGAGCUGCUGCGGGUGGGGAAGCUGCAGCACUACCAGGGCAGACUGGAGGAGGCUCAGGGGAGCUUCACACAGGCCUAUGACAUCAUGAAGGUGACCCACGGGACGGCUCACGCCCUGACUAAUGAGGUGAGCAGAAAACUGAGCGAGUGCCAGGCUGAGCUGGGUCGAGUCUAGGCUGAUGUGUGCCAUCAUACAGAGAGUGACUGCUGCAGUCCCGCCACAGCCCCAAACUCCUCUCCGACAAUACAAUCAAUACGCAAAUGGGAUGUUUCUGGAUGGUUGUGUCUGCCACCUGCUUUUGUGCCGCUGUGUAUCAAACCAGCUGCUUUAGAAUUCAACUGAAAAAAUAAGAAUAUUUUUCUCUGCUUCUACUCUGCUUGCCAGAGGGAAAAAUCUACAUUACUCUGCUGUGCUUUUUCAGUCCAUUUCAGAUUGCUCAUCCCAUUUCAGAUUCGUUUUUUGUGGAAUUCAUUCCACUUUUUUCUAUUCUGAAUUUUUUGCAAUAAUGACAGAGUUCAACUUGCUGUCCCCUUCACUUUUAACACUCAAUCCAAAGUAUAGUAUAUAUUAUUCAAAAGAAAGUCCUACAUCUAGGUAUUUUGACCCCAAAUUAGUGGUUG